AUGAAGCGGCCGCGGUCUCACGGACAGGCGACGCCUGUUGCACCCGCCGCCGCCAGCCACCGUCGUCCACAGCAGCAGCUGCUGCAACAAACAAUUGAGGAGCGUGGCGCCAACAGUCGUGUGGUCGUGAACUCGCCGUAUGGUGACAGUCGCGCGCAGUACGGCUGGGGGACGCCGUUCCGCCCCACGCUCUCGGCCCAUCUGGCGCGGUGUCCGGAGCUUCACGUCGGCAUGAGCUCGCUCGCCGGUGUGCCCGGGAAGGAUCGACGCAUGAAGACGCUUUUCGGCCAGUACGUCAAGAAGUUCAACUGUCUGGAGCAUUGCUACACAUUCUACAACGUGGGUGACGAGGCAAUGUGGAGGAGCUGGGGGGAACUCGCUGCCUCCCAGUCGGCGGCGUCGCCUUCGUGGGCACCACCGCCUCAUGCAGGCGUGCAGGCCACCACCGCUGCGGUGACGAAGCAGGAAAGAAGCGGCAUCAAUAGCGGUGGCGACGAUGCUGGAGAAGGCCUCAACGGCAAGAAGAAAAGGAACAGUCCACGGAAAGAAGUCGCGGUGAAAGUUAACGCGGGCAAUCAAAAAGCUCCCUUGUUCAUCUUCACUAUCAAAGCAAAUCAGUAUCUGACACACACCCGUAUGCUGACCAUCGACGGCAAGACAGAGGAGCAUAUCAUGCACUUCUUUUUUGAGCGAUGUCCUUUGCUGGGACGACACCUUGGGCCCGUGCUCCUGCAGCUUCCCCCGCGCUUCCGGAAGAGCCCUGCGCACAUGGAGCGCGUAGAGGCUGUCGCCGCACGCAUUCCGAAAGAUAUUCGCGUUGCUGUUGAGUUUCGGCACCGUUCAUGGUAUGAUGAAGAGGUUUAUACACUUCUUCGUCACGUAGGGUGGGCGUUGGUCGUGGCGCACCACCAUGACGAUCCCACUGCGUCAGUGCACGUGGACACGGGAGUGGACUUCAUGUACGUUCGCCUGCACGGCCCGCUUGGGUCGAACGUUGGGGACUACGGGCCGGUCAUUCUAUCGCAGUGGGCGGAGCGUGUCGUUGCGUACCUCCAUGACGGGGUGGCAGCGGCAGCGGCAGGGACUUCAGCACAACCCACUGCAAUUCCUACACGUAAACGAGAGGUGUACUUCUUUCUUAACAACAGCGACUCACACGUUGACGGAACCACAAGUUCGACUGUAGAUGCCACGUUUUUGGCCCAGCGGGUAGGGGAUUUAUUGGCCGAGAAAAGCCGAAGCUGCGUGAUGGCUGGCAGUCACAGCGGCGGCGGCAGCGGUGCGGAGAAUGCGGUAGUUGUCCGUGACUAG